AUGGACACUAAGAUAAAGACGUGGCUCAAGAGUGAGCUAGUGAGUGCUUUAGGAUUCAAAGAGGUGGAUGAAAUUGUAGAUUACAUUACAAGUACCUUGAGCUCAAAAAAAGAAGUGUCAAACUAUCUCAUUGAGUUGCUAGGCAUUCCAGCAACACGAGCAGAACAGAUCAGUGCCCGAAUGUUUGAGACAUCACGUGCUCAUUUGAAUGCUCCAGACGCGAGAACAGGUUUUAAAAACCAAGGACAUGAGGGGUCGAUGCAGCGACCGAUUGCCGCAAAUUCGCGCCUCAAGUUGAGUAAGAAGAACAAGAAAACUGCAGUGACGACGCUCUUGAAUAACGGGCUCGUGAUUAACUGCCUGCGAUGUGGUAGGAUCGAGUAUAGCGGCGGGCGACGCUGUGCCUUCUGCGAUACUGAGCUACAUUAUGAGACCGAUGCGGUUACGGCAGACCAUGCCGCGCAACAGCAUAUGGAGGACCUCGUGCGGCUUGAUGAGACGGGAGUAGAGCGUACUCGUGUACUUGAUGCUGAGCAGCAUUUCUAUGACGAUGAACAGACUGAAGAACGAGAUAGCGAUGUGAGACGACGCCCUAUUACGAUGGCACUGGACUUGGACAACAAGCAGUUUGUGGACGUGAAGAUUGUGCGCAACGAGCAGCUUGCCAAGGGCGCGCGUGAACUCUUGGAUGGUGUUCAGCGAAAAAUGAAUAAGAGCAAGCGUGGCAAAGGCAGUAUCCAGCAGUCGACGGAAGCUCCGUCUGCAUUAAGCAGUGAGGCACUUGUGGUGGUAGAUGACUCGUACAAUCUGCUCUAUGUGUAG